CGCAUGCGUGGGCAUACGGAAGCUCAAAUUUGAGCAAAUUUGAAACUACAUGAAUUGAAAGUGAAUUUUCACGUGUAACUAUUGAUAUAUGUGCAAUUUAUCGACAUAACCAUAAUAUUUGUUUACAGCUAUCCUUCUUGAGGGUAGCAAGAUGUUGUGGUUGUUUCGUACUAUGUUUGAACUCGGCAGAUACUCCGUGCUUGACUUCAUAUUUUACAUGGUUAUCGACGGGUUUGCAAAGUCCAUCUUAAAGCAAGCGAGAUCUGAUGAUGAAAAGACAAAGAUUUGGUUGAUUGAAGCUGUUGUGUUGUCUCUGAUUUGUCUGGUUAUCUACUUGACUGACCAUUGUCCAUACAUUCUGAUUGUCAUGACCUUGGUCACUGGAGUCUACUCACAAAUUUGCAGACAGGUUAAUUUCAGACACCUAUGGCAUCGAUUUGUAGAGCAUUGGGAAGUCCAUGUGCACCAUGCUGACAAUGUAAAGGCGAUCAAUGAAAAGCGCAAACAGAUUGAAAUAUGGCGUAAGCUGAGUAUGCAGGCACCUGUUAGUAAACCUGUGAUGUCACGACUCUCUGACUUCAUAUGCAGGAGAAAUGAGAAGAAAACUCAGACACAAACUAUGGCCGCUCCAGUGUUUUCUAUGGCGAAAAUGUUCAGAAAUUCACCAACAACAACUGCAGAUGUACAAAAUACAUUGCCCACUCAGUCAAUACCAGCUGUUCAACAACCCAACCAGGCUUUUCCACAGCCAGUGCAGUCAUUUCCACAGCCUGUGCCUGUCAGGCCACAGGUAAACAUGGCCUUCGCUCCUCAUCCUCAGGGUUUCAUACCAUCAGCUCAAAGUAUUCCUCAGCCAAGGCAUAUUAAUCCCCUCCCGAAUCAGAAUUUCAGUAAUGCACAAGCUUUACAGCAGAUGCCCACACCGUCACACCAACUAAAUCAGACGCCGGUUAAAGCAGUCAAUAACUGGUUCACUAGAAAUGAAUUAAGGCGACGUCCAUUGAGAAAUUACGAACAAAGAGAUUUGCAGCCAGUCUCUUAUUUAAGCUCCAGUACAAGCAUCAAAAGUAAAUUCAUGUCCGCUUUUGGUUAUUCAGCCGUUGAUGUAAAUAAACCAGCCGGUCUUAGAAAUGAAGGUCAAAACUUGUGUUUUAUGAACUGUGUCAUACAAUGUUUAGCCCAUACACCGAAUCUAGUGGACAAAAUCAUUAGUGAUGCAGAAAAAGAACUUGACUGUUCUCAGGCAGAGUCAGUUAUGAUAGAUACAUUGACAGACCUUAUGUCUCGGUGUAAGAAAACCAAGCAAAGUGGGCAAGGUACAGGAGUAUUAGAUCCGGCUGUAUUACAAGAGACGAUGUCUGCAUUGCCUAAUCGACUAGUGGCGCCACCUACUGAACGUCAGAACCAGCAGGACGCAGCAGAGUUCUUUAUGUGGCUGAUGGAAACCUUACACAAUGCCCUUAACAAGAAAACAGCCAAAGGAAAAAGACCAAAGGGAGGUAACUUAGACACUUUGGAAUUUAUCUACAAAGAUUUGUCAGAAGAAAGGAUGCAAGCGUUGAAAACUGCCUGCAGAGAAGAGAUAAAUCAAGCAAAUGGCUUACAAAACGAAACAUAUGCAGAACCGAUUCAGAGAUUGUCCGAUCUAGAAUGGUUGACAUACAAGCAGAAGAAUCAUUCCGUCAUAGACGAUAUGUUCUCUGGGCAGUUAGUAGAGGCAUACCAGUGUUUAGCUGGUAACCAUCUUACUGUUAACAUGCAAACAUUCAAUAUUUUACCAGUCCCCAUUGAAACUGUGAAUAAUUACUCAGGAAUAGUACCUUUAGAAGAGUGCUUUACAAAAUUUUGCAACAUUGAGCAUUUAUUUGGACCCGAGGGGUUAGAAUGUGAAAUGUGCAAGAAAAAUUUGACAGGUCACAGUAGUAUUUUACAGAAUCGUGUUAGGAAAUCAGGGUCAAGAACCCCGGGAAUGAACUCACAUUUAGGCAGCGUUGAUUCUGCAUUUCAAUCAGGUGUUCUAUCAUCGACGAUUAUGUCGCCAAUUCCAGGACAAACAGACGCUUUAAAUGAUAGUGGUUUUCAGGACAAUGUGUUUCGUACAUCAACACCUGUAGGUGAAAGGGGAAGAAUAGUGUUCCCAUCUCGCCCUGUUCAAGAAACAGAACGACGUUGUUUGUUGCGGCAGCUACCAGACUGUCUAGUCAUUCAACCAUUACGUUUCUCAUACAACCAAUUUACUCAGCAAUCGCGGAAGAUUCAUACACCCAUUAGUGUCCCAUUGAAGGGUCUAGACUUAACAAAUAUUGUGUACGAUAACGUUACAAACAGAGAAGAUCUCACAGCUGGACAUCGAGAACAGAAAUACGACUUGUAUGCAGUGUGUUCGCAUUUAGGUGCGGAAUCAACAAACUACGGUCAUUAUGUGUGUUACUGCCUGGCGCAAAAUGGCGUCUGGUACAAGUUUGAUGAUGAACUGGUUACCGAAGUAAACAUGGAGUAUGAAAUAACUUCAAAGGAGAUCAGACAGAAUGCUUACAUGUUGUUUUAUAAAAGAGCGACUCAGACUCCAGCCUAAAGUGGGAAUAACUACAAUGUUGAACUGUUUUUGUUGUGUUCACUUUAGUAGUAUUCAAAUUCAAAAGUUUUUAUUAAAUGAAUAAUGAAAUUAUUUAUGUUGAAAGCAUAUGAUGAAUAUUUAAAUUUCCAGCAAUUUUUUUGAUAACAUCACUUGUUUUGCCAUUAUUUAAAGGGUACACAGCUGUAUUGCAUUAAAUUAUAAGAUAGUGAUAAAGAUUUUUGUCAAAUCAAGCAUUUUUUUUUAGAGAAAAAAGUGAUAUUUCUUAGUAAAUUGCCAGCAGCCAUGCAUGUUAUACUAAACAAACGUCACAAUUUGUUAUUCAGGAAAAAAGUAUGUAAGUUCAAUUUAUUUGCGAUUUAGAAAGAUUAAUGUAUCCAAUUAGUUCUGAAAUUCGGAGAUGUACAUGUAUCUUUAUAAUACCUGUUAAGCAUCCUUGCAGAGGCGUGAAAAUGAUAGUGUUAAUUUAACAAGGCUGUCUUUUUAUAGCUUUAUACAUGUUAUACCCUUUAAAGCUGCAUGCCUCCAGAUGAUCCAAAAUAUUUCAAGAAAAUUAAACAAAUUAAAGAUUCAAGUGAUAAUUUAUAUCUUAUGUGCAAUUUAUGACUGUAUUUUGUAGUAUUUAUCACCAUAUUUCUACUGCGUUACUAACACAAUAGGGGCUAUUUAUGCAUAUUUUGGCCUCUUUUUGGUAAUUUCCGCAGAUUUUAAGUGCCGAUUGUAAUAUGUCAAGUACUUUCUUUGUUCAUUUCACAAUAUUUUACCUUUAAAUACAUUUUCAAAAUUUUCAUGAAAAUAAGGAUGAAUCUGGAGGCGUGCUGCUUUAAGACAGUGUUAAAGGAACUCCACUGAGGUUUAUUGCAUGACAGGACUUAAAAAAUCAUUUUGGGAUUUUUAGCACCAUUUGAUGAUACCAAUAACUUUGUAAUUUUUCUCAUUCACUCACUCCAGUUUUUCCUGUGUGAUAAUUUGUAAUGUGCAAAUGACCAAAAAAAUGCUUUUAGCUGAAGUCUGACUAAUAAUCAUAAAAAAUGUUUUUAAAUUUAUUUUUCUGAGUAUAUUUCUUAAUUAUCUUUUACUUAAAUUCCAGUUUUGAUUGUCUCAGUUGAUCUAUGUAAAACUUACAUAUUUUAUAUUUUCUUAGGACUUUAGUGGAACUUCUUCAUAAUUGAGAUCAUUGAUAUAACUUGACAGGGCCUAAAAACCCUUCUUUGUAGAGG